GUGCGCUGCUUCGACACCGCCCGCAUCUACGUCAAGGGUGGCGACGGCGGCCGCGGCUGCGUGGCCUUCCGCCGCGAGAAGUACGUGCCCCGGGGCGGCCCCUCGGGCGGCAACGGCGGCAACGGCGGCAGCGUGUACUUGGAAGCCGACCCGGCGCUCAACUCCCUCAUGGCCUUCCGCCGCCAAGUGCACUUCAGGGCGGACCACGGCGUGCCCGGCCAGGGCAGCGACAUGCACGGCGCCAACGCCCGAGACCUGGUGGUGCGCGUGCCGCCGGGCACCACGGUGCGGGAGCGGGGUGCUGGGGAGGGGGCGCCUGUUCUUCACGAGCUGCUGCGGCCGGGGGACCGCGCGCUGGUGGCGCCAGGCGGGCGCGGCGGGCGCGGCAACCUGGCCUUCAAGACCGCCCGCAACACGGCGCCCGCGCUGGCGGAGUUUGGGGAGAAGGGCCAGGAGGUGUGGAUCGAUCUGGAGCUGAAGCUGGUGGCGGAUGUGGGAAUCAUCGGCUGCCCCAACGCCGGGAAGAGCACGCUGCUGAGCGUGGUGAGCGCGGCCAAGCCCAAGAUAGCUGAUUAUCCCUUCACCACGCUGGUCCCCAACCUGGGCGUGUGCAACCUGGACUACCGCACCACCGUGUUUGCGGACGUGCCGGGGCUGCUGGAGGGGGCGCACGCGGGGGUGGGGCUGGGCCACCAGUUCCUGCGCCACUGCCAGCGCUGCCGCCUGCUGGUGCACGUGGUGGACGGCACCAGCCCCGACCCCAUGGGGGACUACCGCGCCAUCCGCCAGGAGCUGGAGCUGUUCAACCCGCAGCUGGCAGCAAAGCCGCAGGUUGUGGCCUACAACAAGAUGGAUGUGCCCGACUCGAGCGACUACUGGGAGGAUGUGCGGGAGGGGCUGGCGGCGGAGGGGGUGCCGCCAGGCAGCAUCUUUGCCAUCAGGCGCGCGCCGCUUGCUGCCGGCAUGCUGGCACCCUCUGCUUGCUGCUGGCAUGCUGGCACCCGCUGCUUGCUGCUGCUGCAGGCGCAGGCGCCGUGCCGCAAGGCGCAUCCCGCCUGGGCUCGCGAUCCGACGGCGCGCCCGCCGCCCUCCCACCCUCCCCGCCCCGCCUGCCUUCCUGCAGGCGCCGCCAUCGAGCGCUUUGCCCAGAUGACGGACUGGGGGUAUUACGAGGCGGCGCGCCGCUUCCAGCGCGUGCUGGUGGCCGCGGGCAUCGACUCGGCGCUUACGGCGCGGGGCGUGAUGGAGGGCGACACGGUGGUGAUUGGCGACCUGGAGUUUGAGUACAGCUGCGACAAGAGCGAGUCG